GGCGCGGCCCGGCGGGAGGGCGGCUGCGAUCCGCCGCGGCCGGCGAUGGGAGAUGGAGGGAGCCGGCGGUGCGGCAGAAGCACUUGUGCGGGAUAAUGACAUAUCAGCUCAUGCCCAGAAUGUUGCCAAGGCCAAAUACGAAUUUUUAUUUGGCUUGGAAGAAGAGAAGCCUUCAGGAAUGGGUAGUGGCCGUGGAAGCAGCAGUUUGCCUCCUCAGACCAUCAUCAAUGAAUUUCCAGAGUACGGCACUGUAGAGUCAAGCAGGCCAGCGCCAACGGCUCCAUCGACGAGCCAGGCCGAGCCUGUAACUCACAGUCCAGAAAGACGGGACAGUCACCACCACGUCAGGCCUGUUCCUCAGUGCGCAGCUCCUGCUGAUAAUUUGAGGCCUAAUGCAGGGGCAGUGCAGCUUCACACCCCAGAAGAAGGUCUGCAACCUGUGGGUAAUCUCCCAGAGAUUAUGAAAAUCUCUCGGCAGCUAGAAGCAAUAAAGGUGCAAGAAAGAGCAAAUACUUCUCUCGAUUCAGAGACGCCAAUGGAAAAAAAGAGUGUUACUGGCAGCCAAAAUGUGCAGGCAGCCAGAGAACCAGUUCCAGCAGGCCAAGAAAAACUCUCAGACAUGCUUCUUCCAUCUGAACGAACAGCUGAGGAAAAAAAGCAUUUGAUCAUAGAGAAAGAUCUGGCUUCAGUAUGGGCUGGAGAAAAGCAGUCUGAAUCCUCACAAGCCAUAAGUAAUAAAGCAGAGGAGGUCCACACAGCUCAGGAACCAAGCUGUCAUAAACAAUCUGUGACAAACCUGGAAGUAUUCAGCAGAGUGGAGAGGGGGACAGGUUUUGAGGAGUUUUCAGAGUACAGUCAAGGCAAAAUGCAAACAGGUCUGGAGAGAAGGCUUGCUAAAGAGCCAGCUGCGAGUAAACAUGUAGAAUUUCAAGGUGUGGAGAUCUUAUGGCUUCAAAAAGCUGAGGAGCAGAAAAGAAAGAAGCACUCACUGCUGGACUCUGUGUCUGUGGAGAGGAAGGCGUUCCCCAAGACAUCCAGCCACCCUGUGUCACCAGUGGUCUCCCCAGGCUUGCUUUCCUUGCCAGACAGUGCAUGGAGUGAGGUCUGUGAAGACCCAAGGCUGGGACGUGCUGCCUCUGGAGCCACUCCUCUAGCACUGCUCGAUGAAAGUAGGAAGGAUGAAGUUUCUGUGAAGGACAGGAAGAACUCUGGUGAGGAGGAGAAGGCUGUGCUUGCAAGAGGCCAGGGCAGGAUGGUGGAGGAGGGGGAAGCAGCCAGAGGAGGAUACGAAGAUUUCCUUGGGCAGAAGCACUCUGACGUCUCCACUGAUCUGUACAGCUCACAGUUUGAAAACAUCCUAGACAAUGCAUCUUUGUACUACAGUGCGGAAUCGCUGGAGACAUUGUACUCGGAGCCCGAUAGUUACUUCAGCUUUGAGAUGCCACUCACUCCCAUGAUCCAGCAGCGCAUGAAGGAGGGUGGACAGUUUUUAGACAGGACAUCAGCCUUGGGGCAGACAGAUGUCCCUGACAGGGAGGUCAAGGCAUGUGGUGAAGGCAUCGCCAAUGGCUUAAGGGAUACAAGCGAAACACUCUUCAAAGGAGACGUCACAGAAGUCCCUCGUCUGGAAAGCAAUGUUGAACUACAGAAUGUGGUGUUAGACUACAGUGCAGCCAUGGGGAGCAAUGAACUUCAGGAGAAAGAUGCCACUGGAGCCCCUGGCCACGAUCUCAGCAAUGGCAGCAGCAGCAAUUUGGAAGCAGCCAGGCGCCUGGCUAAGCGCCUCUACCAUCUGGACAGAUUCAAACGCUCUGAUGUGGCAAAACAUUUGGGUAAAAACAAUGAAUUCAGCAAGCUUGUGGCUGAAGAAUAUCUUAAAUUUUUUGACUUCACAGACAUGACACUGGACUGCUCACUCAGGAGUUUCUUUAAAGCUUUUUCGCUUAUUGGAGAAACUCAGGAACGUGAGAGAGUUUUAAUCCACUUCUCCAGCAGAUAUUACCAGUGCAACCCAAAUGCCAUUUCUUCUCAAGAUGGAGUUCACUGUCUCACGUGUGCCAUGAUGCUGCUGAACACAGACCUUCAUGGCCAUAACAUUGGGAAAAAGAUGACCUGCCAAGAGUUCAUUGCUAACCUCCAGGGGAUGAACGAUGGCAAAGACUUCCCGAGAGGGCUCUUGAAGGCCCUCUACAAUUCAAUCAAGAAUGAGAAGCUGGAAUGGGCAGUGGAUGAAGAAGAGAAAAAAAAAUCUCACUCGGAUGGUACAGAUGAAAAGGAUAAUGGGAACCAGACAAAGGCUGUGAGUCGAAUUGGCAAUUCAAAUAACCCAUUUCUGGACAUCCCUCAUGACCCCAAUGCUGCUGUGUAUAAAACUGGAUUUCUGGCUCGGAAAAUCCAUGCAGAUAUGGAUGGAAAGAAAACUCCCCGGGGAAAACGAGGCUGGAAAACCUUUUAUGCUGUGCUGAAGGGAACAGUCCUGUACUUGCAGAAGGAUGAAUAUAAGCCAGAAAAGGCUUUGUCGGAGGAAGAUCUGAAGAAUGCAGUUAGUGUGCACCAUGCACUGGCAUCCAAGGCAACAGACUAUGAGAAGAAGCCCAAUGUCCUCAAGCUUAAAACAGCAGAUUGGAGAGUCCUGCUUUUCCAAGCCCAGAGCCAAGAAGAAAUGCAGAUCUGGAUCAACAAGAUUAACUGUGUGGCUGCUGUCUUCUCUGCACCACCCUUUCCAGCAGCCAUUGGCUCUCAGAAGAAGUUCAGUCGCCCACUCCUGCCAGCCACCACAACAAAGCUAUCUCAGGAUGAACAGCUGAAGUCCCAUGAAGCUAAGCUGAAGCAGAUCUCCACUGAGCUUGCUGAACAUCGCUCCUAUCCUCCUGACAAGAAGCUCAAAGGCAAGGAAGUAGAUGAUUACAAACUGAAGGACCACUAUCUGGAAUUUGAGAAAAGUCGCUAUGAGAUUUAUGUUGGCCUACUGAAAGAAGGGGUGAAGGAGCUGCUGAGCGGAGGAGAGAAUGAUGCACCAGGACUGAAGAAAUCCCACUCAAGUCCUUCUUUGAAUCAGGAGUCUCCAGUUAGUGCCAAGGUGAAACGCAAUGUCUCGGAGAGGAAGGACUACAGGCCAGAAACACCCAGCAUUAAGCAGAAGGUCACUUAGAGUGGAAAUGACAACUAGGGGAACAGCCAUGCAGCAAAGUAUCGGUGGUCAAAAUUUUUUCAUUUAAUAACCUGUCAUUCACAAAAAAUAAGUGCAUCUGCCUGAAUGGGGUGUUAGUGACAUUUUCUAUUGUAUAUUUUGCUGUUUCUGUGCAGAUUGUGGGAGAUGUCUUUGCUCCUGCUUUGCUUUGCUUUGUUAAUUUAUCAUUUAGCAAUUGAAGCAUUGGGACUUUCUUGUGUUGUUCUGUUUCUAAAGGAGCUGGGGAAGGCGUAGAGCGCUGUGACGUUUAUUCUGUCUCCUCCCCAUUUAUCUCCUCCCAUCGGCAUGUGGCUUUCAUCUCUCAAGUCACUUGUCACUUUAUUUAUGUGGUGGGUGGGAAAAAUAACUGGACAAGUGCUGCAGUGCUAUGAAUGUGAGCUGUAGCUGUAAGAAGAGCUGUGCAAACAUGCAGCUGCAGAAGGCUGACUAGAGGCUAGGCUGCUGGGAACACUAGUUUCCUGACAAUAUGGGGCAUGUUGGUACUGGUACUUAGCAGCAGGUGGUACAGUAAAUAGUCACUGUUGCUUAUUGUUGCUGCAUUGACCCUGGACACGUGAGUGUGAAGGAAUGAAACCUGGAAACCUCUGGCAAUGCUGGGAUGAUAGCAUUGGAAUAAUUUGUUUGCUUCCUUCCAAGCAGAGAGCCUUUUCCUCAGUUUGCAGGCUGGAAGGCAUCCAAACCCAUGCUGUCUCUGCUUGUCUCUGCAGUCAGGAAUAUUAGGGAUUACCCAGUUGGAAUGGCUAUCUGGGCUUCACAUUAAUUUGCAAAGAAGGCUGCUGUAGAUGUCAGCCAUUAGCAUUAUGUAUUAAUUAUAUAUAUUAAAGACAAAGGGCCUCUGCGUAGUUUUUAACUAUACGCUCUCACUUAGCUGCUAUAUAGAGCCUUAUGAUAUAUUGUGUCCUGUUGCUUCCCCUUCCAGGGGUUUCCUUGUUGGUGUGCACAGAGAGCUGCUUUCAAUUCCUCUCAUAGUGACAAAGCACUUUCUUCAGAAAAGGAUUCUCUUCCGUUUUCCAUUUUCCUUCUUUAGCUCACAUCCGGUUGGAAGAGGCUGGUGCCUCCUCACAGUUCCUGCAUACCCUGUGCCAGGCUUUCCAAGGGGAGCACAGGACCAGGAGAGACCACCAUGGGUAGAUCUUUUCACACCUGAAAGGCUCCUGUUUGUGCCAUAGACCCUUGGGGUGGCCAGCAGUUUUCAGGCACAGAGAGCGGAAAGAUGACACAGAAAUAAUUUUCCUGCUUCCCAGUCUCUCUUGUCUGGGCAGUGUCAUGGCUCUGCAGAGAGUUCUGGCUCUCCUGUUACCUGUUAUCUGAGUUUUAAUCUCUGUUUUAAUACUGGCCCUCAGGGUGAGCUUGGACAGGUCUCUCCCAUUUUGUGUCGCCCUUUCCCAAUGUGAAGUAGUACAACCAAACUGGCCUUUCCCUCAGAGCGUCUGGGGAGAUAAUGUUGAGAACCAGUUGAAAAUUGCUCCUUGCUGUUCAUUCUGCUGUGCCUGGCACAGGACAGCUUCUUGAUGAAUGCAAUCUUUAAUGCAUAUAGAAGCAUCAAGAUCAGUGCAAGGACUGUUUAAAAAUGCACUGGUGUUUUCAGCCCAAGUAGUCAAAGGGCCACACAUCAAAAAAAUUGCUACCUGGGUGUGUUCUGUCAGGCUUCCCAAGGGUCCAAGUCAAUUCAUCUAGUUUUUAUUGAGCUGCCAGACCAGUGAGCAGAACUGGGAAUGAUCGAAGAGAAAAGGCCCUUAACAGGCACUGCAUGACUUGCCUCCUCUACCAAGUACCACCAUGCAACAGCUUUCCUGGUGUUUUGCUGACUGUUGGCUGUAACAAUGAUGUUGCAUACUCAGAUGUGUGGUUUUAGAGAAAAUUGAUCCUUGCAGUUCCAGCCUGGCAGCAAAACCAGAUGAGACUGUUCUCACAAAUGAUGCUGGGAUGCGCAUCCAUCUGCCACUGAGAGUGGCUGUUCCGUGCUAAAAGUCAGGAGGCUGGCUCCUAACCUUGGCCGCGUUGCUAAAAGCUUGCGGAGUCCUGAGUAGAAAUUGCCAGUGUUUCCCAAGUGCUGAGGCUUUAGAAGUUGUGCAUUCCUACUAAGGUGGAUUUAACAUUUAGUUCUCUUCUUGAAGAAGAGAGAUAUCUUCUCCUUCUGGGGCCAGAGUGAUGUGGUGCAGCUUAUUGCAUGGGGAGACUCAGUGUAGAGAGAUGCAUGGUAGUGCUCACUGGGAAGGAUUAUUUGGAGUAAUUAAGAGUGGUAGAACAACAGCUCAUGGAGGGGUAACAAAGAUAGAUCCCUCCAGCUGUUUGUCAUGCUUUGGAGGUUGAAAAAGACAAGCAGAACAGAGAGAAGCAAUUCAGUUGGGAAAUGCUGGAUGCACAUUUGGGAAGAAAACUUGACCUCUCUGUUUUGAUUAAGGAGUGCUAUUCCCCAGUUCAGUGUUCCCACUGAGACUCUACACACUACAUGGUCCUUGCUCGUUCCCUCCUUCCCCUCGCCAUCCUUGCAGUGGGCUGGAGAGGAGAAUUGGAGGCAUAAAAGGCAAAGAUCACAGGUUGAGAAAACAAUUUGCUGGAAACGGCAAUGAGAUAAGAAAAUGAAUGGUAAACAGCAACAGUGUUCAAGAAUGCUCACCAUGCAGACGCCAACAAUACCCAACCACUUGCUUCCCAACACCCCAACCCAGAAGGGACAUCUUCCCCUGUUCCUGGAAGAUGACAUGAGAUAGUAUAGAAUAACCUUCAAGUCCAAGCCAUACCCCUGGCUAGGGCAGAAAUUAUCCCCAUCCUGGCCAGAACAGCAGAAGCAAAACCCAGAAAAGGUACAGAUCUGUAAAUGGCCAUGCUUGGCUGUCAGGGUUGGGUUGACUAGAUGAUCUUUUUGAAGGCAGGCUAGAAUAUGCUUGGCAAACCUCUUGUGUUUAUGGAGUGCAGUGCUUCAAAAUGCAAAGAGGUGACAUUUAACUUUCUUCUUUCUUGGCUUUUAAUGGAUUUUGGUUGCUGAAAAUUCCAGUUAAAUUGCUGAGCUCAAAAAGAAAUUUCUCCUGUUAAGUGCAUUUUCUAACUUUGACACAGAAACUGGAUAAUUCCUCUUCAAAGUCGUUGCAGAAAAGAUGAUUUGAAGCAAUGGGAAAAAUCAAAAAGUGGACUGCUAAAGAGAGGGUUUUUUUUUUCAUUAUUUACUAUCUAUUUCCAUGUAUACUUGUAAACGGAUUAGCGUAUUUUUUUUAGGUCUCAUCUAAUUGUAUUGAAUGCAGUUUUUCACUGCAUUUUUUAGUCAUUAAACAUUUGUUGAGCUUAGAACAGUCUUGCUGAGGCUGCUGAGGCAUGCAGAUUAGUUUACCCAGAAUUUAUAGUUUCUGCUCCAGUUUUAAUUAAUGCCAUUUUCCUCUGUUACUUUACAAUUUAUUAACAUCCCAGGCACCCAUUUAGAAAUGCAUGCUUUGGAGACCAAGAAAAAAUAUCCUGUUGUGAAAGUGUAAGACUCCUGCCCUCCCUUGGGAAUAGGUUCAUCUAGCAAUCAGUACUGUAAUUUGGUUUUUUUUCCCUCCUGAUGAUGCUAUAAAGGGGCAGAUUCUCAGGCAGAGAGUCUGACCAGGUAGCUUUGCAUGGUACCCUGCAUGCUGCCUUUAUUGGCUGAAAUGUUUGCCUUUAGGGGAGAUCAGUGCUUGACUGCAGCGGCUCAGGAGCUCUGAUUGCAGUAUGUAAGGAUAUUCUGCUGGUUUCCAACCCUCCUCUGGGACUUGAGCUGCAAAUCACUGGAGAAGCCUGCAGUUUUCUGGGUGUGCUCAGUGCAAGGAGGAGUUACUGGCUGGCUGCCAUGAGCAUGUGUGCAUGCAGGAGAGCCUUUGCAUUGGGGAUGCAGGGAGGUGUCAUCCUUCCUUGUCACCCUCCCUGCUCCAGUGCACUAUCAUUGCUCAGGCGAAGCCUCUGCCUGCAUGUAGAGCAGGGAUGCAAAGAGGGGAGCAGGCUGGGGUCAGCACCUCCUUGCUUCCCCUUUCUUAAGGUGCAGACAGUGGUUUUGGACAGAUCCGCCCUUCUCUGAAGCAUUGCUGGCUUACUCAUCCUCCAGGGGCUGAACCAUUUGCUAAGGAAGGAGAGACAGGAAAGGGCCGCCCCAGUCUGCACCUGACAGCAGAGAUCUGAUGGAGAAGGGGAAAAUUGCCUUCCCCUCUCCCCACCCAGCAGCCAAAGUGGGUGAGACUCUUCUGAAGCCAAUGCCAGUCUCCUCUGUGAGCCAGGAGGAUGCAGGGGACUGAUUGAGAUGGUUUUUGUUCAUCAGUGUCUGUGAAAGAGACUCCCUGGACUGAAUGUGUGUUUGUCUGCAUCUUGCAGAUAAAUUACGCAUGAACUAGUGAACAUGACUGUAGCUUCUAAAGCCAGUAUUUAUGUUGUGUUUUCAAUUGAUGUAGAGAGGCAAGUCAGCCAGCAGAGUGACUGAUGCACCAGAGUUGUGCGGGAACGCUGUUCAGCUGUGUUGCCGACUCAGAGUUUUUUGUCUGUAGCCACUCACUUGAAAAUGGUUACCAGAAACUUUCUAAUGAUUAGUAACAGCUCGUCACUAAAAUACUUUCCCUCUGAUCUUGCCUGCUCCCAGGUUGUAGUCUGUCCAUUAAGGCCCCGUUAAGGGACUCUCCUUGAAAGCAGUGCUCUGCAAAACCCUGCUUUGAGGAGAAGUUCAGCCUAGCAGACCUCCAGGGACUGGAAUUGGUCAGUGACUUUUCACAGCUCCAAUGCCUUUGGAUAACAAAGAUAGUUGCUCUUCUGACUUGAAAAAGCCAAAACUUUUUCCUUUCUCCAGUGGAGAAAUGAGGUACUUGCUUGACUGGAGCAGGCCAUUCAGUGAAGACAUGAUUAUGGCAGUGGAGGAAGUCAGAGGUGACAGGGUCAUCAUCAAGCUUCUUGGAGACAUUGCAUGGCAGUGUUCUCCUGGAAAGUGCAAAAGGCUUUUCUCUGCAGAUGGCACACUGGUUACUGUGUCUGCAUUCUCCAUUUUUAAAUGAAUUUUGGUCUUAUUGCAGUUAGUCUGACAGCUCCUCCUCCUUUUCUGACAAGCUGCUCUUGUCUGUCAUCUUAACACCUCAGCUGCUUCUGUAUAACAGGUCUGUUUCCUUCCACGCUUGCAGAAAUCCAGAAAAUUUAACUUUCCCAUCAUGCAUCGAGAAAACCUGCUCUGAAGCAGGGCUGCAUUGAAUGGAUAACCCUGUGAACAGCUUUUUCACUCUGCUUGUCGGUAGCCUGUGUUUCCAGCCACAGUUAUAGCUGGGAGGUGUGAGACCGAGUUUUAGACUGCCGUGAUCCUCUAGUUGUUAUGCUGCAGGGAUGCAAAGUUCCCUCUCCCACACUUAGACCAGACACUUGCAGCAUUCCUACUCUUCUAGUAUCCAGGUUGUUGGAAACUGGCUGCUUCUGCAGGGUCAAAGGCAGUAUAUACAUCUUAUGGCAAAGCAAUCUUACAGCUUGCUGCUUGUUUAAAUUUUCUCCAGUAUUGCUCUCCCCAGGCUUUGGGACGUCACAUCUGCUCUGAGGGGGCAGUUAAGAAGUCUCUCUAACGUUUCUCAUCAGAGCACAAUCAUUGCUCCUCAGCAUGUGUUCUCAGCAUCUGGUAUCUAGGCUGCCUAGAGGGAUGAACCAUAGAAGCUGUCUCAGAAAGAGCUAGUCUGCAGCUUGUGCUUUUUAAAGGAUAUUUUUAGUGCAGAUAGACACAGUACGUCUGGCCUCGCCUCUCUCCUCUCUCCCAGAGCUCUCCCAGCAACAUAGGUGCAGCAUAGUGAACUGCUUCACCUAGAGCUUCACUGUGGGGACCUGAGCUCCAGGAAGAAGCAGCUUUGUCAGCCUUCAGAGAAAUUAUACCACCUGAGCUGAGCACUACUGCACAGGACGAUGAUGCUGUAAGAAGAAGCCAGUGCCACCCUCCAUGGCUGGUCACCUGCUGGAGACUGUGAGCUCUAGCACUGCCCUUAGUGCUGGGAGUAACGAGAAAUGCUGGCUUCCUUUUCUCUCUAGUCUGUGCUGCUUGAGGAACUGUCCUUAGCACCUGCUGCUUUUCUCCCUUGUGACAGCAGCACCCUUAUCCAGGCCUAGCACAGUCCCUUUGUGUGGAGACUGGUUUACAUGAGACCAAGAAGGACAGCUCCAUGCAAAAAGUCUGAAUGCCAUCUGGGAGUAUCUGCUCUGCUGACGGUAACAUACAGUUGAACAUUGAAAGGAGGCAGGCCCAGCUUUGCCUGAGAGAAUGUCCCUUGCUCAUACAUUUUGAUAGAUUCAUUAAGGUUGUGUUGUAGUUAUUUAUUAGAGCCCAUCCCUUACCAAAUGCAAGUAAGAACUUUCCCAAAGGUUGGACCAUUGACCUCACUCUGCACUUGUGGUCAGAAAGAGCAAAUUUAGGCUAGUCCAAAGUGUUAUCUCUUCCCUGCCUUUGAACACUUAAUUAUUCCAUAAAAAUUAUAGAUGUUUAAUCAAUGAGGGACAUCCCAUGGCAUCUGCUUUUAAAUCUGGGCCAGGAGCCAGCUCGGGUACAGGCCAGAGGUUUAUUUGGACCAGUGAAGGUACAUCACUUAGCAGUGCAAGCAUUGAAAGUGCAGCAAGCUACAAGGGCUGGAUUUUUCUCUGACAGAAACCACUGUAAUUAGUAUCCACUUUAGCAGUGAUCCUGCCUGUAACUCUCCUAAAUGAGACUAGCACAAGAAGAUACCUUUGGUCUAAACAGGCGAGUUUCAGCUUGGGCCAAUUGAGUAUCAUGGUGUAGUGACAAAGCAGCUAGCUAAGCUACCAUGGAGACUUGUUUGUCUCCAACUUCCCUUAGCCUCUUGCUGGGAAGAGGGAGAUAAAUGCUGUCGAGUCUGUCUGUGUCACCACAGAGGCCAAACUCUACUGGUAAUAUAAGUCUUAACUCACACACUUACGAAAAUCUCAUGCUCAGAGCUGUCAGAUUCUGAAAGACUGUAGGAUGAGAACAGGGGUGGGUUGUGGUUGGGGUUUUUUUUAAAUUUGUACAUAUUCAUGACAAAUGUGUCCUCUUACUUGAGUCUAGAAUUAUAAUUUGGCUAAAAAGGACAGAGUUUUUUGGCUAUUUAAAAACUUUAAAAUCACUCCUCUGUGUGAGGUGCAUUCUGAGGCUUACAUUGCUUGGCAAACAUGCCUAUAGAUGUGUGUAUUUCAUAAGUAAAGUAUGGCUUCUAUGGCUCAGCACUGCAAAGCUCACUGUUCUUUUCUGAGGCUUGUUUGGCCAAAGCACUUCAGAAGCUGCAGACAUUGUUAGGAUGCGUGUUGUUCUAAUUGUUCUCAAAUAAGUUUAAACAGCUAUCAGACCUUUUGCAGAUUUAUGGUGUACUUUGAGCUGCCUUGAUCUUCAUGUGUUGUCCACCAGGGGCUGCCUGUUGUUCUGCUUGUUGAAGGCAAGGCAUAUAUUUGAGAGUCUAAGCAAGAGUUAGUGGGUGGAAUUUUCUGUUAGCUUAACACUGGGCUGACUUUCUCCCUGUCUGUAUCAGCCGAUGCCUGUACAAGGAGCAUCCGUGCUGACUACUUCUGAAAAUCAUGCUCUGGGGAUCUAAUACACAGCUUUACUUCUGAAAAUGUUGACCUUGCUCUGUGAAAAUUCAGCAAAGGGACAUCAUGUCCAAAGUGUCCAAGAAGGACAGGUGCCUGUGAUGUCUCCUGCAGAUACAGCCGUACAGCAGUAGUGAGGGGGGUUUUUUUCUGUAACUGUACAAAUUUCCAGAAGAGUGGCUCAUCAGCAGGCAAAAGAAGAGCAACAGGGCUGAAAUAUCUCUCUUGGGCAUCUCGUAUGCAUUCCAGAGGUUUCCCUUGGGAGCAUUAAACAACCUUUUAACAAGUUGCUGGUCUGAGGAAAAAGACAUAGGGAAACCCAGUGGGUUUUCCUAUUGUGAUCUAGUAAGGGCAACAGUAUCAUGAUCUGCAUUGUUCUUGGAAAGAGAGAGCAAAACCUGAGGUGUGAUUCUCACCUGGAGUCAUAAAACUCUUUAUCAUGGAGUUAGGUUGAAGCAACAUGAACAACUUCAGUGAAACUAUGCCUUUGCACUUCACUGGACCACAGCCAGAGUGAUUAUGUCUUGCAGAACUGAGACACAAGUGAGCUGCAGCUUGGAAUGAAAUGAAAGGGACCACCCUGUCACCUUGCUUUGGGCAAGCUGUAGUCCUGUAAUCUUUUUUCAGGUACUGGGCUUCUCCCUUGGAUUUCCUGCCCUCCAUGGUGAUGGGAAGAUGUGGGUGAGCACUGUCAGUUUCAGAGUCACAGUUAAGAAGUGUCAUUUACCUCCACCUGAGCUGUUGCUGUUGUUUUCUCUUAGGCUGAGAAAGAGGACUGAAUUUUCAGUCAAUGUUGCUUGGUAGCCAUGUGGGAAGCAUAACUCAGCAGUGGUAGUGCAGAAAAAUAUUUUGCACAUGCGUGUACAUACACCUUAUGCAUCUCUUGUGUGCAGAACUAACCUUACAGGGCUUGACAGCAGUCCUUGCAAGACCUUUCCUCUGGGUGGUCUCCUAUUGCUUUUGUGAUGUGUAGGAACCUUCUUUCUGGUAACCUUGAAUUCAGUUUACUCUCAUCACUGAAUUGCUGGAGUGUUUUUCAUGUAAUACACUAGAGACACAGUCCCAGUCUCGCCGCUUUGUGGUAACUUCUUGGUCUGCUGUGAAGCAACAACAUUGAGGUAGCCAUUAAAUCUUUUCCAGCAGCAUGGAACUUGCUAUUCUGACUCUUGGGGAGGUCAUCAUCUCAGGUUUGAUGCUGUCCUACCACCAGGACACCCCGUUUUGUCCCUAGGAAUAGGCCUGGCCAGAAAAGUAUGCUGGGUGGUUGGAGUCAGAGCUGUGCAGACUUAAGUCAAGCCCUGGUUUAGGGGAGAUUUUUCCAUGUGCUGCUGAUGUCCAUAAGGACUCAAACAUAUACUUGCUUACACAGAGAUGCUUUCCUGAAGCAGAGUUAUCACUCUUUUCUACAGGUAUCACAGGAUGCCCUCCCUUAUUCUGCUUCAUGUAUCUGGUACUUAGAAUGAUCAUUUCCUGAUAAAUGAAGGCACUUAAUCAGUCCUCUUCCCCUUGGAAGAAGGACUUUUGGGGAUAUUGUUAUAUCAUUUAAAAUAAUAUUUUGGAAUUUAAGUUUACAUUGCUUUAUUUUUCACUUGAGGUGACUGUAUAUAAAUAUUUUCCUCUAUUUUAUCAUUGCUGAUAAAGUAAGCCUACAGUAUACAGACAAAUAAUUUGCCUUUGAUGUAUUGAAACUGUGAGAUAUAAAGUAGACUUCUCUCUUGUGUCCAUGUUCCUGACUAUAAAUCUGUUCCUCUGUGUUUUUAUAAGUUGGAAUAAAUGUUGCUUACGGGCAACAAAGAGCCUGCAAGCUUCUCAAUAAUUUUUAUGUCAUUGAACUCAAGCAACCCUAUUGAAGGAUCUCACAUAUGUAUAAUGAUAUAUGUAUAUGUACAAACUUUAGAAAGAAAUAAACCAAAUGUAUUUCA